UUGCUCGUAAAAAGUAGAAUUUUGAAGAAAUUUCAAUGGUUUCAGAAGUUAGCAAUCAGUCUAUCACUUUGCUUCGACAGUACAAAAAGAUGUGUUAUAAUUCUGUUAUAUAAAGGCACCAUUGAAAAACAUUAUGAUAUUCCACAAGAAAUAUUGGGAAUUAAGGUUAUCUUUCAAAAGUACAGACAUCAGUCUGAGGAGGCAUUGCUGAUAACCAAUUCCUGCACAUCUCACUCAAGAGAUAAAUUACCACUUAUCACAGAGCUGACUGCAAGGAAACUGUUUAGAUUCCACUCAAAUCUUACCAUGAUAACAGCAUCAACAUAUAAAUCUAUUGGAUAUUCAGCCGGAAAUCACAAAGUAGUUCACAACGUAUGUAUUAGUUUAUUUUGUAAACACAAAGGAUAUAUACCUUAUGGUGAAAAAGAGUUCCCAAGAAGAAUAGGAAACUUUGAUGUUGAUGUUCUAGAAGGUUAUUGCUCUUUCGGAUCACUGGAAAUUGGAGGACAUGUUCGCCGUAAUGGGGGUAGCAGUGGCAGUAUAGGUGGGCUUGUAGACCUUCCUGGUAAUAAAAUAGGCUUCAUAACUUGUGCCCAUGUAUUAUUUUCGCCGGAAGAUUUAAUAUUUAAAAAUUUUGAGAAAGUUGAAAUAGAAACUUUUGAGAAGAGCGCACACAGAUUUCAAGUAUGUGGUAAAGUUCUUGAUGCGAAGUUCCCUGCUUGUAUUUAUUGUUCAGAAUAUUUACCAACUUCCUCAUCAAGACGGGAAGUUAGUAUCGACGCAGCUGUCGUUGAACUUUACCAAAAUAAAGAGAGGGUUAGCUUUCGCACAGUUCCAACAGACCAGCUACUUUCUGCGGGAUUUGACCCAGAAAAAUUACCAAAAUUUGACGGUAAAACUGUUUCUCUUCCUCGACAAAUUUGUCCUGGAGAAACAGAAAGGUUUAUCGAUAAAACAACAGAUAUAUCAGAUACUGUUGUAAAAUUCGGAGCCACAACGGGGUUUACAAUUGGACAGCUUUAUGUAGAAAGUGUGCAUGUGCGAAUCAUGAACGAAUCCAUGAGUUUUCCAAACACAAAUUACUGUGCUGUUAUGUGUAAUCAAAUAGAAAUACAAAAUAUGCCACAAGGAGAAUUUUUCAGCUUGGGAGAUUCUGGAUCCUUUGUGUUUUGUAUUAACCCAGAUAAGACACUUAGCUGUAUUGGUAUGGCGAUAGGACUUUCUGCGCGAGGCACCUGUUUGGUUACACCCAUCGACAGUAUAUUACAGUCAUUUGGUUUACCUUCAGCUUUAAAACCUUAUUAUCCUUUUGGUUCAGGAUAUACUCCGAGUGUCUCAGCACAAGCUACUUCGAGUAUUUCAGAAACUGACGUAAAAUCCAUGGCAAUAACUUUAAAUAACAUUCAGGACCUGGUCGUAAGUUUAAAUACCUCAAUGCAAUCAGUUCAAAAACGACUUGAUAGUUUGGACAAGAAAGUUCAAGAAAUAGAUGAUAGAAAUAAGUGACAUUUGAGUCUUGUA